CAUUGACUGCUGCCUAACAGCUCAAGUUUCACAAGCAUAUAUCAUCAAGUGGUCAACAUCGUGCGAUGUUGACUGAGCCCUCUAUUUAUUCCUCCUAAAAAACCCCAUUUUCUUCAUCAUUUCCUCAACACUUCUUUCAAGAAAAAAUGGCAUUGUUGGGCAUCCUCCUUCUGAGCUUUCUCUCAUCAGUGAUUUCAUCAGCCAGAGGCUCCUACUAUGCCGGUUGGACCAACGCUCACGCCACUUUCUAUGGAGGAGGCGAUGCUUCUGGCACAAUGGGUGGGGCUUGUGGGUAUGGGAACCUGUACAGCCAGGGUUACGGGACGAACACAGCAGCACUGAGCACAGCAUUGUUCAACGACGGACUAAGCUGCGGUGCAUGCUUCCAGCUUCGGUGCGCCAACGACCCUCAAUGGUGCCUGCCGGGGACCAUUGUAGUGACGGCCACCAAUUUCUGCCCUCCUGGGGGCUGGUGUGACCCUCCCAACCUCCACUUCGACCUCUCUCAGCCCGUCUUUCUCCGCAUUGCCCAGUACAAAGCCGGAAUCGUCCCCGUCGUCUACAGAAGAGUGAGAUGCAGAAGAAGAGGAGGGAUUCGGUUCAGCAUAAAUGGGCACUCGUACUUCAAUUUGGUACUGAUAACAAACGUAGGGGGAGCUGGUGACGUGCAUGCAGUGGCAAUUAAAGGAUCUCGUAGUCGGUGGCAACCAAUGUCAAGGAACUGGGGCCAGAACUGGCAGAGCAAUUCAUAUCUAAACGGCCAAAGUCUCUCAUUUAUUGUCACAGCUAGUGAUGGUCGAUCUGUUAUCUCCUACAACGUCGCUCCUCCUAGUUGGUCCUUUGGUGUUACAUAUACUGGUAGUCAGUUUCGUUACUAGCUACCUCAUCAGCUACCUUUAUUUUAUUACACUCCAUCAAAUAAUUGAUAAAAAUAUCUAUUUUUUUUAACUAUAUAUAUAAUAUAGAUUUUAUUCAAGAGACCUACGUACGUGACAUUUAUAUAUAAAGGGUACUCAUAAAAAUGUGAGAAAGUGUUUGCUUUUUAAAAAAAUGCUUAUAUAGUCGCUUAAAGAAAGAGAGAGAGAGAGAGAGGGGGAGAGAGAGAGAGAGAGAGAGUUAAUUUGCUUGCAGUAAUUCAACUCAGUUUGGUAUACAUAUAUAUGUUAUAGAUUUGGUCAGAGUACUACAAAAAUGAAUAUAUAUAUGUGGCUCGGAGGUUGUUUAUUUAUAUUAAGUAAUGCUAUAUACGUAUCAAUUAAUGUAUAGCAGAUUGAAAAGCAGCCUUCUCUGAUUUGCUGUUUAAGUUUUGUAACUUCAAGACAGUUUUAAUAAAGUUACUACUGUUCCUGAAUA